CUACGAUUUUGUACAGAAGGUUGCAUCGAUUCGAUCAUUCACUAACCAGUCAUCGACAGUCACGUAUAAAUCUUGGUAUGUCUAAGAAUAUAAUAGUAAUAGUAAUUUAAUUUGAUCUGAAUUUCCAUUGUGCGACAUACGUCGAUUAGUAACAAGUAAAGAAAUAAAUUCAUGAUUCCUGUGAUUGGCCCAAGUCACUGAUUUCACGAUAUAAACAUAUAAACAUUUAAGUUACGAGGAAUAUUAUUGGAGUCUCAGUGGCUGUAUAUGUACGACAUCCAGCCUGAAAUUCAUAUCGUUUUUGCUUCAUAAAUAAAGUAACAAAAAAAUGGCGACUGCUACAGUGGUAACUGUUGCGCUGGCUCAAGAAAAGAUAUGGCUUGACAAGCCAUCCUACGACAAAGCGGAACGACAAUAUUUUGAGAAAAUGGCCAAGCUUGGAACAUGUUUUAAGGUGGUGUCUCGUAAGGUUUCGGGAGGCUGCACGCUUAAAUGUGACAAUUCUAUAACCGAUAAGUGCCAAGAUUUAAUAAAUACUAACACUCUGAAGUCUAAAGCCGAGAAAUCUAAGGAUAACAAAUCGCUAGCUUUUGAAAACGAAUCGAAUGAAAAUGCGAAACGUUCUAAGUACCAAUCUAGAAACACGAAAACUAAUAAAGAAGCCGUGGAUGUAUGCAACAUGCAAAAUAAGCAGAAUAUAAUGACGAGUGAGAAAUUUGAUAACGCGAAAGAGAAGGAGAGUGUUUCUCUGAACGGAAAGUCCAAGAAAUAUAACGCAAAAGAGGCUAAGGAAAAAAAAAACAAAGAAGAUACGAGAAACAAAAGCAAAGGAAGCGGAGGAAAUGAUAUUGACGGAAAUAAAGAAACUUCAAUGCCAUUUGCGAGGAAUAAAGAACAAUUGCCCGAGCAGGGAACUCAACCGUCCAAUUGUGCAAUCUUACCUGUUGUUGGAAGUUUGGCCAGCGAGGUCGCCAAGGCUCGACAGCAUAUUAAACAGUCUUUACAGUGUAUGGACGAUGUUAUGGCCUUGACUGACAUGUCACAUCAAGACGUUACACCACGUAUAGCAAAUCUUGAAAAACGUAAUAAAGAUCUACAAGGUGUUGUACAAGAUCUCGAGGCUGUACUGGAUAAAUUGGAGAAACGCGUGACAAGUCUCGAACAGCGCAUCCCUUACAUAGCGAUUUGUCCUGCGAAACCCGAGAGUGUCGAAGAACAAAUGCCAGAAAAGGAUGAAGAUGACGAAGAUGUUGAUUUGUUUGGUUCAGAUUCAGAGGGAGAUGAUGCAGAGGCCGCUAAGAUUAGGGAAGAACGACUCGCUGCGUAUACUGCUAAGAAAUCCAAAAAACCAGCUUUAAUAGCUAAAUCGAACAUUAUCCUAGACGUGAAACCAUGGGACGACGAGACGGACAUGAAAGAAAUGGAAAGCGAAGUGCGAAAAAUCGAAACCGACGGUUUGCUUUGGGGUGCAUCUAAACUGGUGCCACUCGCUUUCGGAAUUCACAAGCUGCAGAUUUCGUGUGUCGUAGAAGAUGACAAAGUAUCGGUCGAUUGGUUAAUAGAGAAAAUACAAGAAAUCGAAAAUUACGUGCAAAGCGUCGAUAUCGCAGCUUUUAACAAAGUGUAAACAAACGAAGUGAGCUGUAUCAUAGAAAACGCACGUGGCAACGUAGUCAAAAAUAAUAUAAUUCGUGUGCCAUUUUGCAUUCCAUUAGCUAAUAUCUGUAAUCGUAAAUAAUGUGUGCAUCUUAUCCCUAUUCAGAAUCGAAAAGUAAAAAUACUUAAUAUUCAACACAACAAACUUGAAUGUAAACUAAAGAAGUUUUAUUGUAAAUUUUUAUGGCAUUAAGGUUCCUGAUCUCUUGUUUAUAAUAAUAUCUGAACUCUUAUUUAAUAAUAUCAGAAAUCUUGUUUAAUAAUCACAAGUGAGAAAAACACCAAAAUUCCAAAUGACCAAAAUUCUUAAGUACUAUUUUUUAAUAAAAAGCUAUUUGUAUGAAACACUUCAGAUUGCUUGAACAUUCUUAUAUUCCGAAAACUAUCCUUUUCCCUUGAUGGUCAACAAAUAACUAGAGAAUAACAAAUAGAAUGAGAACUGUAGAACGCGAUAUGCAAUCUCUUCUUUUAAUUUACAUUUUCUUAUAACUUUGUCACGUUAAUUUUACAACCAUUUAUUAAUUGUUAAAGAGAGAAAAAUAGUUUUUGAACUAUUUUACAAAUAUGUUCAAGAGAUCUAAAGUGUUUUUUUUUUUUAAUUUUUUAAAUAUCUUUAUAUUUGAAAACGUAAGAAUUUUUUUAGCGUAUCAUUUUAUACCUCUAAUGUCACGAUCCAACAUAAUCGCGAUUAGUACUCUGGAACCUUAAGUACCAUGAUUUAAGUUUUUAUUUAAAGUAAUUUAAAUCUUACUUUUUCUCUAAAUUAUACAUUCUUUAUCAGAUUUUAUAGCGGAUAGAUAAAAAUAAAACUCAAAAUUUUAA